AUGUCCGACCUUCCAGAAGACGUGAUCGCCGGCUUGGUCGACUCGUUCAACGCGUGCCGAACUCAAGACCACGAAGAGGUCGAGCACCACAAGAAUUUGGCUAUACAGGCGGUUUCCGAUCUUAACGACAAAUUCAUGGGCAUUCAUAACUUCCCCACCCAAGUCAACGCGCCACCCGUCAUCUUUGGCUGGGUCCAAGUAAGGACGAAGCUCCGGGAGAAGCUGGUCUCCUUUCUUUUUCCCACCUUCAGCCAACAAGUGACUGCUCUCGCAGAAGCCGUUUUAGACCUAUCGGACUCUUCAACCGAACCGAUUUCGAAACUGAAACUAGUCGUCGAAGUUGUGUCGGUACUGGGUAGCACCAUGGAGCAAUUGACAUCCUGCCUACCUUUCAUUCACCCUGCAGGCUUACAUCCGCGAUACGUCAGCCAUGACAAGGACUUCAAGAAAUUGAAGGCUUUCAUAACUCAUGGGCUUGUAGGAAGGAUAUACGAGGCAACCGAGGACGCUUGUGGCUUGUUUCGAUCCUCUCUCGCUGUUAUCGAGCAAUUGGGACACUCGCUUGAAGACCAAGCUCCUAGUAGAACAAAAUUGCUCACGAUGAAAGCUUCUUGCUUGGAAUCGAUUGAUCAAGUUAAACAAUUCGUCGACAAAUCUGAAGUAGACAUUAUACGAGACCGAUGGCAAUCCAAUAUAGCUUCAAUGUCCAAAACGCUCGACAGUUUUCUCGAACUCGCCUCAGCCCAGUCACCCCAAGAUACGUGGUCUGAAAGUCGCACUGCGAAUGAGGAUGAUGAUGAGGAUGAUACAUUAUGUGAAGCUUCUCAAGUACAUGGCCCAUCCGAAAAUGAGGUUGAAAAAUCGACGAUAGCAAUAGUCAAACUCGGAAGAUCGGGUUUCACAAAGCUAUUAAGAUUACUGUCGAAUAAACAUAUCUUCACCAUUGUGACCAACUUGCCUUCGAAGGAACUCCAUGCAUUCAGCAUAUCAGCCGACUUGGUCUCUAAGCGUAUCGGUGAAAUGGUGGAGAUUCUAUGCAAAGGUUACUUGACGGAGGAAUCUCGGGCCAGGGGUAUGACGGCUAUGAGGCGAUCAAUUUCGGAUCUUCUCAACGCCCCUAACGUUAUGCUACCCAUCAUCAAAAUUUUGGUUCCUUUGCGCGCCAAACCUGAUCAGCCUUCGCCCAUGAUUCACCUUAAGCCUUGGUUUUAUCAAUGGAAGAAACACUUUUUCUUGGCGAUUCAAAACUUUCUCGAAGCUGGUGGAUUCGAUGAAGAUUUUUAG